AUGACACAUGCAUUCUGCCUUGGCUUUCGUGGAGGCGUCCCCGUGGAGGCGACUUCGUCAUUCUCUCGAGCACAGCGACAGUGCGUUCCCAUCUCGGGCCCGUCGUUCCCUACGAUUCUUCGCCCGCCGGCGGUUCGCCUGGCCAACCCGGUCAAUCACGUCCCUCGUAUUACUCCGAUCACCGUCCCUCCACACCGGUCAGACGAAAGUCUUCCCAUCGGCCCUCAGCGCGACGCAUAUCCCCUCCUCAGCGUCCCCGAACGCCGCCGCAGUCGCCUCACUCCAUCCCCCACAUCGCCCACCAGCCUGAUCGUUGAGCGCAGCCAAGGAGAGACUGAGAGCGGACGGACUAGUAUUGCUCUACCUCACCGUCACCGGCGCAGCGGCCAAUUCCUCCCCUCAGAGAUGGCAGCCGCAUUUGCGGGCAGCGCGGCGAGAGAUGUCGAGAACCUGCGCCCCCCAGAAGAAGUCCACCUUGCCCAGGACGGCACUCGUCGUCGAGACGAUGACCGACCGCGCCACGUCCAAUCACAAACCUCUCUCCGAUCUCAAUCCCAAAUCGCAUCGGUUCCCUCCCACACCGGCCAAGCCCCUCCAGAUAUCGCCGACGAGCUGGCGUGGGGUCCGGCCCAUCCCUGCUACCCUCACCUCAACCCCCAUGUUCCCAUCGGCUCGCAAGAAUAUCUCACAACACGAGUGAUUCGCAUUCGGCGAGACUGGAUGGUCAAGGGCGAUUUGGCGCCCACCUUCUCCAACCUAUACCCGGAGAUCUUGGACCCCUUAUUACCAGAGCAAGAGUUCCGCAAAGUGAUCGCGAUGGUCAACGAUGGGCUCGUGAAGGCAUUUGACCCCUUCAGCCUUCGCAAUUGGGUGGAUGGAGCAAUUGGCCUCUUGACCGGGUGGGUUUGGGAUGACAUGAAUGCUCCUGGGGUCAAAGGCCAACUUCAGCAUGUCGAGACCUGGCUUGAGAAUUGGAACCGGGAUGUCGGGGCCAAGGACGGGGUCCAUAUUUGGAGCCUGCGCCGCACUGCGUAUAUGUCCAUUGACAUCCAGAUUCCAGACCCCAAGGUUGGCAUCGUACCCAGCGAAGGACCCUCGCUACCAAAUACUCGACCCAGUACCGGGGUCGGUCCUGGCAACUGA